AUGUCUGGGCUGGCCACCAUGGACUCCAAGGCCUGUGGGAAGAUGGGGGUGAUCACCAUCACCUACUACCUUUGGACAACCUUCAUGGCAGUGACUGUGGGGAUCAUCCUCGUGGUCAGCAUCCAUCCUGGUGCAGCUGCCCAGAAGGACAACUACUCUGUGGGGAAAGUGGUGCUCAGCUCCGCCGAUGCAUUACUGGAUUUAAUCAGAAACAUGUUUCCUUCUAAUCUGGUUGAAGCUUCAUUCCAGCAGUAUCGAACUGUUCUUGUCCCAGUGGUGAAGUCACCUGGUUUUCCAAAGAUCCCAGGAAAACCUGUUAAUUUUAUUUACUUUGCACCUGAUGACAAAAACCCUGAAAUCCAUCGGCCUGUGUUCCUUGAGCUGACACCAUCACCUGAGAUGACCUACAGGACCCUGGCUGGGACCAGCAAUGAGAUGAAUGUCCUGGGGAUUGUCAUCUUCUCAGCAACCAUAGGACUUCUCCUAGGAAAAAUGGGUGAACGAGGAGCCCCGCUGGUUAACGUGUGCCAGUGUCUGAACGAAGCAGUUAUGAAAAUUGUCUCAAUGGCUGUUUGGUACUUCCCCUUUGGCAUUGUAUUUCUCAUAGCUGGAAAGAUCUUGGAGAUGGAAGAUCCGUCGGUUAUAGGACAGAAACUGGGACUGUAUGUCAUUACAGUGGUGUCAGGGCUUGCCUUCCAUGGAAUCAUCCUCUUACCUCUGCUUUUUGUCCUCAUCACAAAGAAAAACCCCUUUGCUUUCAUUCAGGGGAUACUGCAAGCCUUGCUGAUCGCCUUAGCUACAUCCUCCAGCUCAGCCACCCUGCCCAUCACCCUCAAGUGUCUCCUGGAGAACAACGGCAUCGACAGACGCGUGGCACGAUUCGUGCUCCCUGUCGGGGCCACCAUCAACAUGGACGGCACAGCGCUCUACGAGGCCGUCGCUGCCAUCUUUAUUGCCCAGGUCAAUGAGUAUGAACUGGAUUUGGGACAAAUUAUAACUAUAAGCAUCACAGCCUCGGCAGCCAGCAUUGGGGCCGCUGGGAUCCCGCAGUCUGGGCUCGUCACCAUGGUCAUUGUCCUCACCUCUGUGGGGCUGCCCACCGAGGACAUCACCCUCAUCAUCGCCGUCGACUGGGCUCUGGACCGACUACGAACCAUGACCAAUGUCCUCGGUGAUGCGCUGGCUGCUGGCAUCAUAGCACACGUCUGCGAGAAGGACUUUGCCCCAAAGCCCCCCCCAGAAGACCGAGUGAGCAACACAGACAAGUUUCCUUCUGCAGAGACCCCACACCCGCAUCCCAAAGACAAUGGGAUUGAAGUGAUUGAAGAAAGCCUUUUGGAUCAGACAGAAGUUCACUACAACAUCUGCCAGGUGUAG